UGUGUUGAAUGUCAAUAGUUGAAAAUGUUUAAAAAGUAAAUAAAAAUGUUUUCGUUGUCCAAUUGUUUGUUAUCGUGUAUUAUUCCACUUCUGUUUAGUACAAAAACAUGUUCAGGCGACCUCCCCGGCCCCUGGCUAGCUCUCUACUCGCCCGGCGAGCCAGAGUACACAGACGUAGUAGUUCGCCGCGUGCACGAGAACGUCACACUAGUGUGUGAACUGCGAGGCGAUGCUAGCGCCACGCCGCGGAUAUACGUGUGGAACUACAUGAACGAUAACUCCACUAGUGGCGACCUGAUCUUGAAAGGUGAUCCCAAAGGUCCAGCGGUGAACAGUACAUUAACCAGGUUCGACCUGCAGGAGUCAGACAGCGGCCAGUAUAUGUGCUCGGCUCCGCCAUUCAGCGUCACCAAGUAUUUAGUUGUUCAGACUAAGGCUCCCCAAUUCUGCCGUCGCGGCGCGUUCGGUUGCGGGUCGCGGUGUAUAGCGGCGCAGUAUGUAUGCGACGGCCGCAGAGACUGCGAGCGCGCCGAGGACGAGGCCGUUCAUAUGUGUCCACCGCUGGGAUGUGCGCGCAGCGACAAGUUGAACUGUUCGUCGGGUCGUUGUAUCUCCGCGGGCGCGUGCUGCCGCGCGGCGGCGGGCGCGCUGUGUCCGCAGCCCGCGUGCUGCGACGAGCACCCGCGGUACUCGCGCCUCGAAGGCUACGUGGACGUGGAGUACCCGCCCCUGUUCGAGGACCGCCACGCCGGCGACGACUACGGGUUCAUACAGUCCACCAUCUACACCGUCACCGCGUGCGCCCUGAUCUUCAUGAUAGCGGUGGUGCUGCUGGUGUCUGCGCUGUGCAAGAUGCACAUGAAGCGAGCCGCACUACGCAGCUACGCACACGCGGACCGCGCCACCAGGCAUCACUACACCAUGCAGUACGCACAGGUACAGCGUCACUACACCAUGCAGUACGCACAGGUACAGCGUCACUACACCAUGCAGUACGCACAGGUACAGCGUCACUACACCAUGCAGUACGCACAGUGUCCCCCAGUGGAUCCAGUCCCGGAGCCCGACACUGGCGCCGAGCGAGGGAGCUUCGGCCUCGCUCGGCUCUCUGCUAUAUUCUCCUCGAGAUACAGACAGGUACCAACACAAAGCGACGUGGAACUAACAAACGUGCGCUCGACAUCUCUAAACAACUCCCCAACCAGGAACCGAACCCUAGACAACUACCGCAGCCCAACAUUCUGCGACUUAAACGCGUCAGAGUUCUACUUCACGAACCCCGAAACUGGAGAUUUCGCAAGAGAUUUGAACUACAUGGCGAGACCAGUGGACUAUAUGAGGCGAAACUCAAAUACCACCUUAGAACGGGUAAUUGACCAACUCGACCGGCAGCGACUGACUCUACAACUAGGUAGGUUCCAACUGACCAUUCCCAGGUUCGGACGCCGGGCUGAGACUGACAGGCGACCAGACACGCCCAACGUAGCUGAAAUUAACAUAGAUGACCUCGACUUUGUUCGGAUGACGUCUCACGAUACUUACACACUCAAUGGACGGACUAUACGACUUUUGGGGGCGAAUUUUGAAAAUUAUCCCGUUUUACCUGAUGGGACGAGACCUCCGCCCUACAAUGAGGCAAUGAGGUGCAAGUUUUUCGGACCUCCUCCGGAAUAUUUGAGCCGCGAAGGCCUAAAUGCUAGGGUCGAUGAGGAAGCAAGGACAAACGUUGAAAUGCCGCCAUGCUACGACGAUUUAGGUGAUGGAGCUAGUUCUAGCAACAACAACGGGGAUUCGAACCUCAACACGGUGAGAGAUAGAGCGUUAGCAGCGCCCUCAACAACGGAAAAUAACGAUAACGUCAACAAUAACGCGAGUACGUCGCAGGCAACUGUUGACAACGUUGACGCGAACAUGAAUGUUGCCAGUAUAAGUUCCGUAAUAAAUAACUUGCCCGCGAUAGAUAGUGACGUCAACGCCAACGAUACAACGGUUAACUGUUAAUAACGGAUAACCGUUUUUGUAAAAACGUUGCACUUUUUUUGGUAGCUAAUAUUAUGUUGACGGCGCGUUAAAGUAUACUUGACAUUUUAACUCAAUCUCGCCUUCGGUUUUUUUUACUCAUCCGUACCUAAGAGGUACUUAGUGCGAGGAAGCUAAACUAACCCGUUACUUGUACUGUUAGAUGUCACUUAAAUGUCAUUAACUGUCACCUAUCUCAACUUAGGGGGUUCCUUAUACCUGGUAUAAUAUCGUAGCCCGCGCCACCUACCUCUUAAAUUUUAAGCAAGUAUGAAGCUAAAAUAGAUGACAGUUAACGACAUUUUAAGUUACACCGAUCUAUAAGUGGCAGCUCACAGUACAAGGGGUUACUUUACCUCCGUAACUCUAAGUAACUCUUAAUCAAGGGAUAGAGCUGGUCGAAAUGGCUAUUAGUAUUUCAAAGAAAAGUAUACUUUAAUAUGAUAUAGUCAAAAAAGUUUUAAUCAGUUCAAAUAAUGUAUAAUUUAACCAAAAUUAGUUAAUGUUUAACCCUUGCCGUAUAAUACCAGUUGAAACUAUGCCAGUUACGUUUUCAAUUUGAGCAGCUAAUUUACAAAUCAUGCUUUAAAAUACUAGUGCAAGUUAAGCAGCUGUAGGUUAGGCCGCGAAAUGGAUGGGUGGCAUAUUAUAGAGUGUAUAGUUCUAAUUAUACCACCGUAUUUAUAGAUAUUAGUGCCUUAGAUUGUCUAUUAGUUUUCUAAUAAGGUGAUAGAAGUAGGUAAUAUUUUUUUAAAUAUUUGUAUUUUUCGUUCGGUUUCCGGGAGGACAAAGAUUAAUUUUGAUGUUGUUUGAUAUACAUUUGAUUCUAGAACAAUGCCCGACUUUUGGUUUUAAGGGCCACCUCCUACUAUACUAUAGUAAUAACAAGAAUGGCAUAAAAAUAAUAUACUUAACGCUGUAUUCACCAAAACCCCUUAAACCAUCUCUUAUCUAAGAGUUAUAGCGUAUCAUAAGACCUAUACUAAGUCCUUACUUGUACUGUUAGGUGGCCCUUACAGGUUGGUGAAAUUCUCAUCUUAAAGAUUUAUAUUAAGGUUGAUCAAAUUGGUAAUUACUCCUACUUAGCAGAUAUGUUUGGGUCAAAUUUAGUAAUUGUAAUGUCUCCCUCUUCCCGACGACAGAUCGAUCUGAUAUUUGGUCCACACUCUUAAUCUUGAUGAGCAUACAAUAUAAUCUAA